UUACUUAGAGGGCGGCUCAGAACAACCAUUGCGCUAUCUCCUUGCGAAAAAAGAGGUUCCAAAACUGAAACCCUAAUAAAAUAUCUUGCUCUGAAAUCAUCUUGUAUUGUUGAUGGCGAUUUCGAUUCUCCUGAGAUCAGCUAGAUCUGCUGUUAAUAUAGCUUCCAGAUGCCUGCCUGCAACUGGUGCAAAGGCUUGGACUGCUGCUAUACCAUUGAGUUGGAGAUUGGGGAGUGUGGCCACAAUAUUCAGCUCAGGAUACCGUGGUUGUAAUCAAAAAUUGGCACUGAAAAUUUCAAGGGAACGUGAAGCUGUGAAGGUAACUGAUGAUAUCAUCAAUUCUGAGGAUAAGCUCCUUGCUCUGUUUUUGAGGUGGUUAUCAAUUAAUGAACACCAUUUCGAUGUGGAUGAUAGAAAAGCUUUCAAAGAGAGAUUUGAAAUCUUCAAGGAAUCUGCUCGGUAUGUCCAUAAACAUAACCAAACCAAGUCUUCCUGCAUUCUUGGAUUAACCUAUUUUUCAGAUUUGACUCCGGAUGAGUGUGCACACUUGUCGUAUAAGGUCUAUCCAAAGAAAGAGGUCUAUAUCUAAAUAUUUAAGAAAGCUAAGUCUUAGGAAUCUAGUUCUAUUAUAGAUUUAUAAUGCUGUUUCACGGAUGCUAGUGGUAGUAGUGAUGGGGGUGCUGCGGACUUCAAAUGGAACUAUGGGUUGAAACUUUAUUGUAUCUUGUUUAAUUAGGCUCUAAAUUGUAUUUGGUUUGAGACCUUUCUAGAAAAAGUAUAUUGUGCAAAUUAUAAACAAAAGCAGAAAUGAGUUCUCCCACAGGUUUAGUAGCAUUA